CUUCUUAUCAGGGUUGUCUGUUAGAGUUGCCCAACUGAGAGUUACCCCACGGGGAUCAGUAUGUUGUAGAGCGAGUGCAGUGGGACGGCUCCACUGUCAGUCACCCCGCCUGUCAACGGCGAAAACACGCAGUUCUUUGUAAAUGUCGUAAUAAGAGACAAUGUUGCUGUGGCUGAUACUGCUUGUCGUUUUGAUAGUUAUUAUACAUUUCAAAUUUCCAUAUCUGCUGAAGGACAUACAGUACGGCGUGCAGACGACUUUGGUUGGAUACCGACUGGGGAAAUACGCGCAGUCCAAACCGUACUUCACAGUACUAGACCGCUUUUUGGAACUAGCGAGCAAGCAGCCAGACAAAACUUUCAUCUCGUACAAGGAUGCGACUUUUUCGUAUCGGGAAACUGACAGGCAGAGUAACCGGAUCGCCAGAGUGCUGCGGGAACACGCUGGUGUCCGAGAGGGCGACACGGUAGCGCUUCUCCUGAGCAAUGAGCCCGUGUUCCUGUGGACGUGGUUGGGGCUCGCCAAGCUCGGCUGCUCUGCGGCUCUGCUCAACUACAACCUCCGCUCCCGGUCCCUGCUGCACUGCUUCUCCUGCUGCGGGGCCAAAGUUCUGUUGGCAGCUACAGAGCUGAAGGACGCUGUCGAGGAGGUGCGCGCCGCUCUGACAGAGCAGGAGGUUGCGGUGUAUUUCCUCACCGAGACCUGUGAUGCUGUGGCUGGCACGGAGACUCUCUGCGAUAGGAUCCAGGAGGCUUCUGGAGACCCUCUGCCAUCUGGCCUGCGGGACAGCGUCACCUUCAUCAGCCCCGCCGUCUACAUCUACACCUCCGGCACCACAGGGUUGCCCAAGGCUGCAGUGGUCAAUCAGCAGAGACUGUGGGCCAUGUCCCACCUGCAGUCCAUCACGGGCGUGUGCUCUGAUGAUGUCAUCUACGUCAACCUGCCCCUCUACCACACGGCAGGCUUCGCCCUCGGCUUCACCGGUGUCAUCGAGAGAGGGGCAAGUGUGGUGCUGAGGAAAAAGUUCUCUGCGUCGCAGUUCUGGGAUGACUGCAGAAAGUACAACGUGACUGUCAUGCAGUACAUUGGAGAAACCAUGCGCUACCUCUGCAACACUCCUAAGUCGCCGGUUGAUAUGGUGCAUAACGUGCGCAUCGCCUUUGGCAACGGGCUGCGUGCGGACGUGUGGAGCGAAUUCCUGCGGCGCUUUGGUAACGUGGAGAUACGGGAGCUUUACGCCGCCACCGAGGGCAACAUGAGCUUCAUCAACUAUGUCGGCAAGAUCGGAGCCGUGGGACGAAUCAACCAGCUUCACAAGCGGCGUUUCCCAUUCGCUGUGAUCCGGUAUGAUCCGGAGAUGGAGGAACCAAUCAGGAAUGCCGAGGGGUUGUGCAUAGAGUGUCCUCUAGGUGAGACGGGCCUCCUGGUGUCCCGUAUUACCCAGAUGGCUCCAUUCAAUGGCUACGCCAGAGAUGAGAAGCAGUCGGAGAGGAAGAGGCUGCGUGACGUGCUGCAGAAGGGAGACGUCUACUUCAAUAGUGGAGACCUCCUCAGGAUAGACCAAGAGAGCUUCCUCUACUUCCAGGACCGCGUAGGAGACACAUUCAGGUGGAAAGGGGAGAACGUGGCCACUAAUGAAGUUUCAGACGUCCUCACUAUGAUGCCGUCCGUUGUGGAGGCCAACGUGUACGGUGUCAAAGUGCCAGGUGCGGAGGGCAGAGUGGGCAUGGCAGCCGUGAGGUGGCAGGAGGGGGUGGAGAGUGACGGCAGUGCUCUCUAUGGUGCCCUCUACAGGCACGUCUGCGCAUACCUGCCCAGCUACGCCAGACCUCGCUUCAUCAGGAUACAGAGCCAUAUGGAGGUGACGGGCACCUUUAAGCAGAUGAAAGGGCGUCUGGUGUCCGAGGGCUUCAGUCCGGAUGUGGUGCAGGACCCCCUCCUCAUCUUGGAGGAACGAGAGGAGUGCUACGCUCCCCUCACACGUCAGGCCUACGAUGCCAUACUGCAGGGCUCCCGGAAACUUUAACACUGGACACCUUCCAAAAAAUCACCUGGCUAGCUGAUGCCCCUUUUCCACUGCCGGUUUUCUGGAAGGCCUAUAACACAGCGCGACUCCGCCGCCACUUUUUGCUUGAAUUGAGCUGUGUCGUGCCUAUUUGAAAAGCAAAAAGCCAAGGCAAGCCAAGUCGCGCCGUGUCGGGCUGUAGGCCUACCAGAAAAUGGGCAGUGGAAAAGAGGCUUAAGUGACUAGCUCGGGGAGUAGCGUUGCUCUACCUGGACUCGAACCUGGGCCUUCUGGUGUACCAACCUGGGGCUCUGAUCACUACACCAAAGAAGCAGGCUAAUUAGUGUAGCAGUCAGAGUCUCAUCCUCAACUGUAGCCAUGGUUACUCAGGACAGCACAGAACAUCACCUUACCACGCACACAGUACAGACCAGAUUGGACAAAACUGUUUCAAGUCUGGAAUGCAAGGCGCUAGCCAGCCACACGAUUGUAAACAAGCCUUCUUCAACCUGCCGGCAGCUCUUUGCAGCCACUUAGCACUGGGACUGUAGCACUGUAUUAAGCACAUUGUAAACACAUACAUACUUAUGCAUACCAAACAUUCUUUUAAUUCUAACUGUCUCUGAUGCAUAUGUGUGCAGUGCAUUGUUGCCUGUACUCUAUUUCUUUUGUGCAUAUGUUUGGUGCCUAUAUGUUUUCAACAAACAUGUGUGAUGCAUUAAAAUAAUGACUAUUUUUAUGCUAAAUAGUUUUGGGAUUUUUAUUUUCAUUUUCCUUUAAUGAGAUGAUGAAGAUCUAAUAUCAUAUUGAUAUCAUGUCCUUUAUGUAAUCUGACUACUGGUUGUUUGGUCUGUUAAUCCUCCAUAUUUCUUGGCAAUUAGGACAUUUUCAGUAUUCAUUCCAUUCAACUUCUCAGUGUCAAAACCCACCACCGUCUGUACUAGAGUGAACUUUUACCUAAAUGUGAUCUUUCUGUUACCCAAUCCCUGGGCGCACAUUCGCCCUUUGGUAUGCCCGCCCACUCCCCCGGACUUUAUUGUGAGCGCUGAAAUUCAGGUUGCCAGAUACUUGUAAAUUUGGGUAAUCACACCUUAAAACUGAAGGCGACAAAAAACCGUCAAUAAAACGAUAAACAAUA